GAUUCACUCAAUAAUCAGAUCACAUAAUAAUACUGCAUUGUUCAUCAGAUAUAAAUGCAAAUCGUUUUUUAGAUUAUCAGAAUUUCUUUUAGAAAAGAGAGAAAAACAAUAAACUAAUGAUGAAUGACAAAAAUGAGUUCCAAGAAGAUAAACUAGAUAAUGCCAAAUCUUCAUUUCUUAAAAUUAUUAAUUCGUUAGAUACUUCAGAACAAAUCAAACAAUUCAAUGAAUUUGCUAAAAAUAUUUUAGAUAAAGAAAUUAAAGACAUUGAUGAUUUUUCAAACAGGUUUACCAAGUAUAAUAUAAAUAAUGCCUUAAUUCUUGAAAAUAUUAAAGAUAAAUUACGUAAUAAAUUAUCAAUAACAGCUGAAGCACCAAAUGAAAAUAUCGUCAUACCAAAAACAAUUGAAUAUGAAGGAUAUACAAAAGAAACUACAAUUAAUGUGGAUGCAUUUUUAUACAGUGAUAAAGACGUAGAAGAAUUGGGCCUUAAUGGUCAAUUAAAAAAUUAUUUUUGUAAUGAUUGUGGCUCAAAAAAUAUCGAAUCUUUAAAUUUUAUUUCACAUUCUACUUCAACGUUGCAAUUACGUUAUAUCUUUGAACAUGUACUAAAUGGAAUAGAGAUUAAUGAUAAAAUUGUGUUAGAUAUUGGAUCAAGAUUAGGAAGCGUUCUCUAUGUGGGAUAUUUAUUCAGUUCAACAAAAAAACUUAUUGGUAUAGAGUUAAACCAAUUUUUUGCCGAUUUGCAAAAAGAGAUAAUUCAAGAAUACAACAUGAGUGAUCGUGUAGAGAUAAUUCAGGAUGAUAUAAUGAAUCAUCCACAACUUCUUCAAACAGCCGAUAUAAUUAUAAUGAAUAAUGUAUUCCAGUUCUUUCACUCCCUACCAAUCCAACAGGCCAUCUGGUCAUUUAUACGCGUAAACACAAAGCCGUCCACUUUAAUCAUCACUUUUCCAGAUCUUAAAGAACAACUUGGUGAUGCAAAUUGCACUAACAUUGAUUUUGAUAAGUGGGUCAAGGAAAUAAAAAUAAAAAUUCCUUAUAAAAAAUCUCAAUUGACUGAAGAUGAGUGGAAAGAUUUAAAAUUGAUCCACUUGUACAAAGUAUUAUAGAUUUUUUGAAAAUAGAAUAUUGUAACCCAAUUGAUCUACUGAUGGGCGUACAAAAUAUCAUGACUACUGUAACUAAACCAUUUAUUUAAACUAAGGACUGAUAUAAGAGGAGAAAAAUAUCAACAAUCUUUUCGCGAAAAAAUUACUAAAUUAAAUAAAUGAGAAAAGGAAGAUUUAUCAUUUCGUGCAAAACCAACACCGAAAUACAAAACCAAUAUCAGCAUUUCUCUAUUGAAAAUUAUCGGCCAUCUUAUAUAUUAAUUCGGUAUGAAGCUCUUUCAACUCAUCCUUUAUAUCGUCAAUAGAAAUUUAAUGUAAAAAUUAGUUUAUAAAAUAACAUAAAAAUAGUAAUUAUACAUUUUAACUUGCCAGUUUUUGUUUAGCCUCAUCCGUUUUUAAUUUAGCUAAUAUAAUGUCCUAGAUAGUUAAAUUAUGUAAGUAAAUAAAAUGAUAAAAAAGAAUAAAAUUCUA